AUGGUCAAGACUACUUAUGCUCUUGUGCUCUUUACCGCCGUGAGUCUGGCGGCUCCUCUUGGCAAGGAGCAUGUGCGCCGUGGUGGUACUGGUAACUUGCUUGGCGCCGGUGAGGCCCAUGGUGCUAUCGAUGGUGCAGUGGAAGGUGCCGUAGAAGGCCUUCUUGGAAAGAUCGUUCCACGUGAGAUCAAGGAUACUAAGAGCCAUAAUGUCAUCGACAACCUUCCUCUCACAGGAGACAUGCCUAUUGUUGAUGAACUUCCUCUCGUUGAUGACCUCCUUCGAAGCAAAAGCAAGGAGUCGAAGCGUGAUGUGACUGAACGCUCUCUGUACAGCUAUCUUGGAAAAAACAUUCCUCUCAUUGGUGGACUCUUCGAGACUAAAGGCAAGAAGGAGGCUCGUGGUGUGACUAAGCGUUCAUUGACUGGAGAUUUGAGCAAUUUGCCCUUGCUGGGUGAACUGUUUGGCGGCGACCAAGCUCACCCCACAAACACAGGCGGCAAGCAACAUGAAGCUCGAUCCCACACCAGCCAAUACUUCAGCCACAAGCAAAACUACGGACAGAACUACGGGCAAAACGGCGGCCAAAAUGCUGGACAGAAUGCCGGUCAAAACUACGCCCAAAACCACAAGCGGGACUUUGAUAGUAAAGACGUCACUGAAAAGCUCGCCGACGCUCAAGAUCACUUGAGCACCGUGCCCUUCGUGGGUGGUUUGCUAGGAGGCAAGAGCCAUAAGAUCGACGCAGGCGAUGGUAUGACUCAAGAGCGCACUGAAGAUCCCACUGAAGAUCCCACUACUCUCAAUGACAUGAUCCGUCGUGAUCUGGAACUCCCGCCUAAGCCUGAGAGCCCUACUAAGGCUGGCAGUGUCCCAAGCCCUAGCGAAACCUCUGGUGACAAGGACGCCAAGAAAGACAAUAAUAAAUCCAACGGUCUUAUGGCUGCGCUUACCGGCCCUGAGGGCCUAGGUUCCCUCUUUGCACCCACUUCUGGCCAUGGACUUGGUCUGCUUCCUAUGAAGGAACGCCGUGAAGCUCCUAUCGAGGGUGCUGAUCUACCGUCUGUUUUGAUGAGCGGUGGUAUCCUGGGCAAAUUGCACGAGAUGCUUUCACCUGCUCCUGCUCCAUCUGCCGCUCCAUCUGCUGCUCCAUCUGCUGCUCCAUCUGCUGCUCCUUCCGUUGCUCCUUCUGCUGCUCCUUUUGUUGCUCCUGUUGCUGCUCGUGCUCUCCCUGGGGAUGUUGAUACUGAUGGUUUCAAUGCUAAUCUUGCUGCUAACACGGCUGAUGCUAUUCUUACUUGA